UUCACAAAAUUUAUCUGUCUUUCUCCCCAUAGAAGGAAGAACAUAUUUCUCUUAACACUCAUUUUCUUCUUGAUGGAAUUCCUUGUUUUCCCCAUAUUUUUUCUGUGAAAAAAAGUCAUCGGACUGGUGCAAAGUUAAAGUCUUGUAGACCUCCUCUUCUGUUUUCAAGCUGAGCUUCAGAAAGUUUGAAAUUUUUUUUGUUGUAUUGGUAUUUUUUGGUUCCAAACUAUUUUCCUUCGGAAGAACAGUGGAUACAGUAAUGGCUCUGCGUGCUUGCGUCUGAAGUGGAAAGAGAAAUGGGAUGAUGUUGUGAGGUUUCAUGUGGGAGGAUUUUCAACUUUGAAGCAUGGAGGUCAGGGAUGUUGUUAAUAAUGGGGUCACGGUGGUCCGAUCAGAUGCUCCGUCGAACUACCAUGUAGCUCCGAGGACUGAAGUCCCGUCUUCCCUCGGGGGAUCAACGGCACCGGCACCUCAAGGGAGUGUUGCGCCACCUCAACCAGUUGUUGCGGGAGUGGCUACGGCUGCGACAACGAUGCCGGUGAAGAAGAAGAGGGGUCGGCCGAGGAAGUACGGACCAGAUGGGUCAGUGGCAAUGGCUCUAUCUCCGUCGCCGUUAUCUUCUUCGGCUCCGCCGGCUGUGAUCGAUUUCUCGGCCGGCAAACGCGGUAAAGUGCGCCCUGCUAACUCAGUACGCAAAGCCAAAUUCGAAGUUGAAGAUUCAGGUGAAUGGGUUGCAGGCUCCGUUGGUACUAAUUUUACACCUCAUAUCAUUGCCAUUAAUUCCGGGGAGGACAUCACAAUGAAGAUAAUAUCAUUUUCUCAGCAAGGGCCGCGAGCUAUAUGCAUUCUUUCUGCAAGUGGAGUUAUAUCAAGCGUCAUGCUUCGGCAGGCUGAUUCUUCUGGGGGUACAUUGACACAUGAGGGACGGUUUGAAAUUUUGUCAUUAUCUGGCUCAUUCAUGCCGAAUGAAAGUGCAGGAACACGAAGCAGAUCGGGUGGCAUGAGUGUUUCUUUAGCAAGUCCAGAUGGGCGCGUCAUAGGGGGUAGUGUAGCUGGUUUGUUGUUGUCUCUUUCCAUAAUUCAGGUUGUGGUUGGCAGUUUUCUGGCUGGAAACCAGCAUGAUCUGAAGACAAAGAAACAGAAACAUGAGAUUGUAUCAACAGCAAUUGUUCCUUUGUCUACUGCUGAUCCAAUACCUAUCCUGUCAUCUCCACCUUCCUUCCCUGCUCACAAUUGGUCUGCAUUGCCUUCUGAUACGAGGAACAACAUGACCACUGACAUUAAUGUGCCUCUAUCUGCAGGGUAAUAUAUAUCCCACAUGAAUUU